UCAUUCCUUGGAUCCAACGAUGGAAACAUAGUAGAAAUUCUCCUCUUUAAAGUUGUGGCACAUACUGAGUUUUCAUCCUGGGUAACUGAAGAUACAAUCUGGCAGAAUAUUAUCUGAGCCAGGUUACUUUUAAAGUAAAAUUAAUUAGAUUUGGGUAAGAGUUUAGCUUAAACUUAAAUUUAAUAAGAUUGGGAAAGAAUAUAGAUUUUGUUUUGCUUGACAGGAGUCUUUAUUUUUAAAUUCAUAGACACAGAGCUGAGGGUAUUAUAUGCCAAAUGAAAUUAGCUGUACAUUUUGAUUGUACUUGGAAAUAACAAGGAUUUUAUCAGCAAGACUUUGUUUCAGCCAUUUUUAGAGGUAGUCUGCAUUUUUCAUUGUUUUAGAUCUCAAGUUCAAAACAUUAAGUCCUCAAUCUUACUCUUCCAAUAGGUGCAGUUGAAUGUAAUUAUUAUUACAAGGCAUGGCUACAGAUUUAAAUGGUCAUGGAUUGCUUGAACGAGGUUCAAAAAGUGUUUGAAACACUGUCAGUGGCACUGAACUCAGCUUGCCAAGCUAUUUCUGUUGCAAUUAUGUAUGUAUUUACCAAACUGGCACUUCAGACAAUGAAUGGUUUCAUUCUUGAAAUAUAAGUAUUUUUAAAGAACUUGAGCUCCUUCCUUAAGUGUUGUAAUUGGUAACUUUAAAUAGAAAACGAAUCAAUGGAUUCUGAAUGUAAUGUGCUGGUGUACUGCUGGUGAAAUGUUUGCCUUUGUGAAUUCCCUUAUUAAAAAAAAAAAUGCUGACCAAAAUUAGAGUUUGAUUUAUCAGCAAAUAAAAUAGGUGCCUCUGCAAGACUUGAGGGGAGUGAUGGGAUUUUCCUGCGGAGUUUUCCAACCAGUGGUUUCUAUAUAUGCAGACUACUAAAAAGCAGUGUGUCUCCCAGCCCUGAGUACUUGUUGCAGUGGGGUACCACCCCACUGCAAUCCAUCUGAUACCUUCUGUGACCGACUGGAUUGCAGUGACCCACAGCUGUGAAGUGAGAACUCCUUCACCGGCACCUCGGGACAAGGCUCAGACCCAGGGCCGAGUGAAGCAGCGAGCCUGGGUGGGCGUGAUGUGGAAUGCAUAGGGCAGCAUGAGGAAGAGACCCCUCUAGAAGAUGAGGAAGUCCUGGUAGGCUGAGCUGCUGCAGAGGUUGCACGCUCCACCCAGACAGCCUGCUCGCAAAAUGGACCAGGAAACCCUGGGAAGCGUUGUCCUGCUCGCCAUCAUCACCUUGAUAAGUGUUGUCCAGAAUGCUUUUUUUGCUAGCAAAGUGGAGCAUGAAAGCAAACACUGCAAUGGCAAGGGGUUCCAGCGGCCGGGAUCCUCUGCCUUUGACCGCGUGUACACUGCCAACCAGAACUGCGGACAUGCAUACCCUACAUUUCUGGCUGUGCUUUGGUGCGCUGGCCUUCUCUGCAGCCCAGCUCCUGCCGCCUUUGCCGGCCUGAUGUACUUGUUUGUGAGGCAGAAGUACUUUGUGGGCUACCUCGGAGAAAGGACUCAGAGUACUCCUGGUUACUUGUUUGGAAAACGCAUCAUUUUGUUCCUGUUCCUCAUGUCUGUGGCCGGAAUACUCAACUACUAUCUCAUCUUCUUUUUUGGAAGUGACUUUGAAAUGCACAUAAAAACAAUAACCAGCGCAAUCUCUCCGUUGCUGCUCAUACCCUAGCUCCCUGGAGCACUGAGAGGGUCAGCGUGCUUAAUAUAUUGAUACCCAGAAGCAGCCAUAAUUCAACUGUUUAAGAAACGAACCCGUAACCCUUUUAGAUUGCUGUAAAUCUCAUGCUUGAUGGGCUUUGUAGUUUGAUUUAACCUUGCUUUUUCCUUCAGGAAAAAGAUUUACUGUGAGCACUUGGCAUGCCCAAGGAAUGGUAACAACUUCCAGUUAAUUCUUUUUUCCCUAAACUGCAAGCUGAUUGCAUGACUGGAAGGGACAUUGUAUGCUUGCUUCAUAACUGCGUUGUACUUAGCUUUUGUCCCAAAAGCCAGGAUCCUCUCAGCGUUCUUCCUGACUGAUGGCUCCCACAGAUAUCCUCAAUCAUAGACAUAAAGCCUUUUGCCAGCAUCCCACAUGCCCCUGCCCACGCAAAGCGCAAAGGCAUGGACCAGCCUCUUUGCCUACCCUUUCCCGCCCGUUUGUUGAUGACUGAGCUCCCACUGAUUCAAGAGGGCAGAAAAUUGGCCUAGGUCUGGUCUUCCUUCAUAAAUAUUCAUGUGCAUAACACUCCCAACACUGAUCUCAUUUACACUUCAGCCUUUUUGUUCUCCCAGAGCUGUGGAAAGGGGUCUUGCGUAAAUGAGGAGCUGGUGUAUUGACAGUGGGGUUGGUUUUGUUUCGCUUGGCUUUGUUUAAUAAAACAGCCUAAA